CACACAAAAGAUCUUCUUCUUCUAAUCAUAAUAAUAUUCCCAAGCCAAACAAAACGACGUCCAUCAUGAAGAACCCUACUGAUCUUGAUCAAUCAACCACAGCUUUCUCAAUCACAAACAUCAAUCCUCCCACUUCCACUAAACUAAACAGACUUAAGUCUCCUAACCAGACUCCAAUCCCAUCUCAAACCAUGAUCCCUAUCAAUGAUACCAUGUCAAGUCUUUUAGAUGAUGAGAAUAUGAUUCCUAAUUGGUCAGAUGUUGAUGGAACGGCGAUCCACGAAGCUCCGAUGUUGCCGGGUGAUAAGGCAGUAGUGGGAGUGGAUGAUGAUGAUCUCAACAUGGACAUUUUGUUUAAUACUCCUUCUUCUUCUGCUUUUGAUCCUGAUUUUGCUUCCAUUUUCUCCUCUGCAAUGUCUAUUGAUUUCAAUCCCAUGGAUGAUCUUGGCAGCUGGACCUUUUAGCUUUUACUCUACAAUAUUUUCAUUUUCUCAAGUGUAUAUAUAUGAAUAAUUGCCACUUUCUGCU